GAAGGUUACCUACGUCAUCAAAGGGGGACAAUGUUUAGAUGAUUGCAGCAGACACGAGACAAUCCUCCGCGUUCAGUAUUUAGAGGGUCUUAAAGUGAAUAUUUAACGGAUCUAUAACACAACAUCAAAGAUAUCAACGAGAGUUUAGAGAAACACGAGACUCUGUCUUCAUAUUAUGUCUUCUCUGCUCUGAAUCAGUCCGUGUGAUUGAUCUUGUGGAUUCUUCCAAUGUGUCAGGUGGAAGAAGACUACAAGGAUGACCUGGAGCGCGCGGCGGUGCCCAGUGUUUCCAAGAAAUGUGUCAAAUGUAAGGAGGCGACUGCAGCCGUGGUCAUCAGAGCGGGACAUUCAUACUGCAGGGGAUGUUUCAAAGAAUACUUCAUCCAUAAGUUCAGAGCCAUGUUAGGUAAAAACAGGAUCAUCUUCCCUGCAGAGAAGGUGCUGCUGGCUGUAUCUGGAGGUCCUUCUUCCUGCUCCAUGCUCAGUCUAGUUCAAGAGGGUUUGAGUCAGAGCGCUCACAAGAAGCUGAGAUUCUUACCGGGCAUCGUCUACAUUGAUGAGGGAGGAGCUACAGGUCAGUCUGCAGAGGAGAGACAGAGGACGGUGGCUGAGCUGCAGGCAGUUUUCAAAGCUACUGGUCUGCCUUUCCACAUCGUGCCUCUCGAGCAGGUUCUGGACCUCCCCGGCUCGGUUCUGUUGACCGGCCCGGCAGCUUCAGAUCAGCCUGCCGGUGCGUACAAAGCAGCUGUGGAUCAGUUCAUCCAGAGUGACAGCAGUAUCUGUUUGACACAAACUGAGCAGGAAGAAACAUCCCCGCCUGAUGUUCAGGAAUCCCAUACACAACUUCUGCAGCAGCUGAUUGGCUCUGUGAAGACACUGACCGCUAAAGAAGACCUGCUACACACUUUAAGGCAGCAUCUGCUGGUGCACACAGCUCGAGCUGAAGGCUACAGCAAACUGAUGCUCGGAGACAGCUGCACCAGACUGGCUGUGAAACUACUCACCAGCGUGUCACUGGGCAGAGGAGCACAGCUGGCUCAGGACACGGGUUUCUCAGACUCCAGAUACGGGGACAUAACAUUAGUGAGGCCGAUGAGGGACUACUCGUCUAAAGACAUAGCUUACUACAACCACUUGUUCCACGUGCCGUCUGUUUUCAUACCGAGCCUGGGAACAAAGACUGCAGACAAAGCCAGUAUCCAGCGUCUGACUGAGGGCUUCAUCACCAGACUGCAGGCAGACUUCCCCCACACUGUCAGCGCCAUCUACAGGACCAGUGAGAAGCUGCAGACGGCCUGUAAGAGCUCCUCCACAGCUGAACACUCUGACAGAUGUUUGUUCUGCAUGUGUGCUCUGGACACGACUGUCGAGGAUGCUUCAGCCUUUAACAUGACUCUGAUCUCUGAGCAGCUCUCCCAAUUGAAAGUGUCAGGGAACAACAUUGCUGAACCCUCAACACAAAACUCCCCAGCUGAGCCUGAAUCAAACGCUCCCCCCGGACAGUGCUGCUCCUCUGGAGGAGGAGGAGAGGAUUGUGGGAGAGCAGCAGGUGGUGGAGGCUGCUGUUCAUCUGCCCAGUUAACAGAGCCGCCUAACCUGAGGAGCCUGCUGUGUUACAGCUGUCAGCUGAUCAUCAAAGACAUGUCCUCCGUGGAUCAUCUCCCGCUCUACAUCCUGUCAGAGGCGCAGAGGAGGAAGAGGAGGUCUCAGAUGAGAGAGGAGAUCAGUGAGUUCCUGCUGGAUGAUGGAGAGGACGCUGAUUAGGAGGAGUCUCGUGAGACAGAAGUGGAGCAGAGUGUUUUAACUUCUACCUGUGUACAGAUUUUGAAAUAAAGAUGCUUUUAACAUAUUAUGAUCAUAAUAAUAAUCUUACAAGAGCAGCCUGAUCUGUAAUGUAUAUCCUAUAACCUUGAGUUUACAUGAAGAAUGAUCCACUAAGUCCACUCUGCUUAAUUGGUCUGAGUCUAAUUUGACAGAUGAACACCAAAACUCUGCAUGUUAGAAAACUACAAGAAAAGUUGACUUGUUGUGUUAAAGUAACAAUCUGUGCCCACACAUUCAGAGUUUCUUUAAAUGUUUGUUUGAUAAUGUUUUUUUAUAUCGUGGGACUUCUUCAGAGACACCUGCUGACUGGGAUCACUGCCUUAUGCUCGGUCUAUAAGACACCUGAUGCUCUCUCCCUUUGGCUCACUCGGAAUGUCUUACAGUUUUUAGGAGUCAUGAAAAAAUAAAUGUUCAGCCAUGUGAUAAAGAAUAUUUACAACUCAAUAAAGUAUGUACACAUUUA